CGGUAUUAUCAAUAUCAUCUGAAACAAAAACAUCUUACGAUACGCAAGCAGCUACCUAGUGUGUCCGCGCAUCCCGGCCGAAAUGCUUAAAUUUAGAUUUCGACUGCAGUUUCCUUGAAGACGACAGACCCCACCCCAACACAAAUUGUAUCCCAUAGUCACGGGUAAUGAAGAAAAGUAAAACGCGUUCUACGACCCAUUGCCAUUGCAGUACUUAGGGAUCGACUUCAUUCUUUUACGAUUUUACGUCGCUUCUCUUUCUUCGCGAAAAUCUGAAAAAUAGAAUCCAAAAUGUCCUCCUCCUCGUCUUCUAAAAAUCUGCUCCGUCUCUACGGUUACUACCAAUCCGGCUGCAGUUACCGGAUCCGGAUAGCACUAAAUCUCGCCAUAUCCACAGAAAAAACCCAUCCACAUCCAUUUUUUGCAUGACAAACACAGGAUUUUAUACGUGUUUUGCAUGACAAAUUGGAUGUGGAUGGGUGUUUUUUCCUGGAUACGCCAACGUGCCAUACGAGGAUAUCCCCGUGAACCUCUUAAAUGGCGAACAAAAAUCGGAAAAGUACGAGAAGCUGACGAACGGGCAGAAUCUAGUUCCUGUCUUAGAAGUUGUGGAUGAAGAGACGAAAAAGACGAAAUUCACGAUGUCGCAAUCUUUGACGAUUUUAGAGUUUCUAAGCGAGGAGAACAUCUGCCCCGGUCUGCUCCCAGAAACCUCCGACAUCGCGAGCAGGCAGAAGUGCCGGGAAAUUUGCAACAUCGUCGCCUGCGACACGCAGCCGCUGCAGAAUUUGCGGGUGCAGAAGCACAUUCGCGAAGUGUGGGAAAAAGACCCAAUUCCGUGGGCGAAACUGGUGGUUGAAAGGGGCUACCAGGCGUGCGAGAAUUUAUUAGCCGCGAUUGAAACUUCGAAUAGCGAAGCAGGUGGUCCGCAUCCGGGAAUGAAGAAAACGAAGUACUGUUUCUCGGACCAGAAACCCACCAUGGCGGACAUUUGUCUAAUCGCGCAGUGGCACAACGCGAUCCGGUUUGGAAUAGACGUGGAAACGCAGUACCCGCGCGUUUUUGAAAAGUUGCAGAAUUUGAUCGGAUUUGAAGCCGUGAAGAAGGCGCAUCCUUUUAAUCAAGUGGAUUGUCCGGAAGAAAUGAAAAAAGACGGGUGGUGGACGACGAGGGAAUGA